UCCUCUGAAAAUCGUCUUGCCUUGGCCUCUUCUGUCUCUUGUUUCCCUCCGGCGACUUGUUGCGUGGUGCGAAUUUCCGUUUCCGGUGGUCUCCAUGCGGACCUGAGGAGUAACUGUUGUCAGUCAAGUAACUGUCGCAGACCGGCAGAGUCGACGGCAGUGGGCCGGGUCAGGUCCUGAGUCUACCCGUUUGAGUUACUUGUGAGUUGACAAGUAGCCACUAUGGAGACUAAAGAUCAGAAGAAACACAGAAAGAAACACAGUGGGCCCAAAGCUGAGAAAAAAAAGAAGCGGCAUCUGCAGGAUCUUCAUCUUGGAGACGAAGAAGAUGCUCGGAAGAGAAACCCCAGAGCUUUUGCGGUCCAAUCUGCUGUGCGUAUGGCCCGAUCAUUUCAUAGGACUCAGGAUUUAAAGACAAAAAAGCAUCACAUUCCGGUGGUUGACCGAACCCCACUAGAGCCCCCACCAAUAGUGGUAGUGGUGAUGGGGCCUCCAAAAGUUGGGAAGAGCACUUUGAUACAGUGCCUCAUUCGGAACUUCACCAGGCAGAAGCUGACUGAGAUCAGAGGCCCUGUGACGAUCGUUUCAGGUAAAAAGCGCAGACUCACCUUCAUUGAAUGUGGGUGUGACAUAAACAUGAUGAUUGAUCUGGCUAAAGUUGCAGAUCUGGUGCUAAUGCUUAUAGAUGCCAGCUUUGGGUUUGAAAUGGAAACAUUUGAGUUUCUAAACAUCUGUCAAGUACAUGGCUUUCCUAAAAUUAUGGGAAUUCUCACCCAUCUGGACUCCUUCAAGCAUAAUAAGCAAUUAAAGAAGACCAAGAAGCGAUUAAAACACAGAUUCUGGACAGAAGUCUAUCCGGGCGCCAAGCUCUUUUACCUCUCUGGAAUGGUACAUGGAGAAUAUCAGAACCAAGAGAUUCACAACCUGGGUCGUUUUAUCACAGUUAUGAAGUUCAGGCCUCUCACGUGGCAAACUUCUCAUCCUUAUAUCCUGGCAGACAGGAUGGAAGAUUUGACAAACCCUGAGGAUAUCCGGACAAACAUCAAGUGUGACCGAAAGGUGUCUCUGUAUGGUUAUUUACGAGGAGCACACUUGAAAAAUAAAAGCCAAAUUCACAUGCCAGGUGUUGGAGAUUUUGCUGUGAGCGAUGUCAGUUUCCUCCCAGACCCUUGUGCUCUUCCUGAACAGCUAAAGAAGCGCUGUCUAAACGAGAAGGAAAAGCUGGUUUAUGCACCUCUCUCUGGAGUUGGGGGUGUGCUGUAUGACAAAGAUGCUGUCUAUGUUGACCUCGGUGGCAGCCAUGGCUUUCAGGAAUUGGCGGUGGGGCCCACCCAGGAGCUGGUCCAGAGUCUCAUUGCCACCCAGUCCACUAUUGAUGCCAAGAUGGCUUCAAGCAGAGUGACACUUUUUUCUGAUUCCAAACCUUUGGGUUCAGAGGAUAUAGAUAACCAAGGGCUGUGGAUGCCAAAAGAAGAAAAGCAGCUGGAUGUGAGCACGGGUCGAGUGCGUCGCAGAGCCGUGUUUGAAGAUGGAGAUGAAUCUGGAGGUAGUGAUGAGGAAGAUGAUGAAGGGUCUGACAGUGACAGACUGGGAGGUGACUCUAGUGAUGAGAUAGAAGGGGAAGGUGCUAAAGGGACUGAAUGUGAGUACAUGGCUGUCAAGGGCAUUAAGCGGCAGAAACUGGAGAUGGAGGAAGAUAAUGAGCUGGACUUGCCAGCAUUUGCUGACAGUGACGAUGACCUUGAGAGGAGCUCAGAGGAGGAAGCCAAUGGCAGCAGUGAAGAUGAUGACUUUAGUGGAGAGGGGGACAUUUUAAAGUUGAAGGCUGAUGGAGAAGGUGGCAAAGCAAGACUUUUGCCAUCUGGCUGGUGGAGUGACCACCAGAACCUGGAGAAGUCUUUGCCAAUGAGAAAAACAGCCCUCGCCACUUCCGACUCUGGCCGGUGCACAGUGGAGGAGGCCCUUGCAUCUGGAGAAAGCUCCUCACCCAGCUCAGAGGAGGAGGAUGCAGGAGACAGAGAGGCUGCUGGGGACAAGCAUGCACGGCCUUCUAGAAGAUACCAUGGUCAGAAACCAGGGUCAAAGGACUUGAUUGAGGAGACCAGUGAUAUCGAAGAUUUACUCAAGAAAGAAGAAGAUUACAAGGAAGAAAAUAACUAUUCCACGGAAACAUCAGGGGCUGUCAAGUGGAAGGAAGAUCUCUCCAGGAAGGCAGCAGAGGCCUUUCUGCGGCAGCAGCAGGCAGCACCAAACCUCCGAAAGCUUGUUUAUGGCACAGUGACAGAAGAUGCUGAAGAUGAUGACAGAGAUGGCCAAGAAGAGCUGGGAGGGCUGUUCCACAUCAGGCAGCCUGAUGGAGGCUGCAAGUAUAAGGCUGAUGCAUUGGACUGCUCCAGGUUUCCUGUGCAAGCACCUCAUAAUUGGGAUUUGGAGGAGGUUAUGAACAGUAUCCGAGACUGCUUCGUGACGGGGGAGUGGGAAGAGGACAAGGACGCAGCCAAGAUCUUAGCAAAAGAUGAUGAGCUCUUUGGUGACUUUGAAGACCUAGAAACAGGGGAUGUGCACAAGGGAAAGCCAGACCCGGAUGCUCAGACUAAAGAUGUAGAGGGAGAAUUUAAGGAAGAAACUGAUCCCAGCACAGAGGAAGAUGCCAAGAAAAAGCAUUUGGAGAAGAAGAGAAAAUUGAAGGAGCUGUUUGAUGCAGAAUAUGAUGAAGGAGAAAGCACUUAUUUUGAUGACCUUAAGGGGGAAAUGCAGAAACAAGCGCAGCUUAACCGAGCAGAAUUUAAAGAUCAAGAUGAUGAAGCUCGAGUUCAGUAUGAAGGAUUACGACCUGGGAUGUACGUCCGAAUUGAGAUUGAAAAUGUCCCCUGUGAAUUUGUGAUGAACUUUGACCCCCAUUACCCAGUAAUCCUGGGUGGCUUGGGCAACAGUGAGGGCAACGUGGGGUAUGUGCAGAUGCGUCUGAAGAAACAUCGCUGGUAUAAGAAAAUCCUGAAGUCUCGAGAUCCAGUCAUUUUUUCUCUUGGGUGGAGGAGGUUUCAGACCAUCCCACUUUAUUACAUUGAAGACCACAAUGGCCGACAGAGGCUUCUGAAAUACACCCCGCAGCACAUGCACUGUGGAGCAACCUUUUGGGGUCCUAUCACUCCACAAGGAACUGGGUUUUUGGCAAUACAGUCCGUCAGUGGAGUAAUGCCUGAUUUCCGGAUAGCUGCAACGGGAGUUGUCCUUGAUCUGGAUAAAUCUAUAAAAAUUGUGAAGAAAUUAAAGCUAACUGGUUUUCCAUAUAAAAUUUUCAAGAAUACUUCAUUUAUUAAGGGAAUGUUUAAUUCUGCCUUGGAAGUGGCCAAAUUUGAAGGUGCUGUGAUUCGGACUGUCAGUGGAAUUAGGGGACAGAUCAAGAAAGCACUGCGGGCUCCAGAGGGGGCUUUCCGGGCCAGCUUCGAAGACAAGCUAUUGAUGAGUGAUAUCAUCUUCAUGCGAACAUGGUACCCUGUGUCCGUCCCAGCCUUUUAUAACCCAGUUACAUCUCUGCUGAAACCAGUGGGUGAGAAAGACACUUGGUCAGGAAUGCGGACCACAGGUCAGCUCAGGCUUGACCAUGGGAUCAAGUUGAAGGCCAACAAAGAUUCUCUGUAUAAGCCAAUCCUGAGGCAAAAGAAGCAUUUUAACUCACUGCACAUUCCCAAAGCCUUGCAGAAGGCUCUGCCAUUUAAGAAUAAGCCCAAGCUCCAAGCAAAGGCUGGCAAGGUGCCCAGGGACAAGUGGAGGCCUGCUGUCAUUCGAGAGCCUCACGAGAGGAAGAUCCUGGCACUGCUGGAUGCUCUGAGCACAGUGAACAGCCAGAAAUUGAAGAAGGCCAAGGAGCAGCGGCAUCUGCAUAAUAAGGAGCAUGCCAGAGUGAAGCAGAAGGAGGAGGAGGAGAAGCUGAAGCGGCAGAAGGACCUCAGGAAGAAGCUUUUUAGAAUUCAGGGCCAGAGGGAGAGAAGGAAUCAGAAGUCCAGUCUGAAGGGAGCUGGGGGCAGUUGAAGGGUCCUGUAAGGUGGAAAGGCUGGCUUUGGCUCCACGGAGAUGGAUGGGUCUGAGUCUCAUAGUGCUUGUUCAUAAGUCGGGGCCCUAGAGCCCAGGAGAAACCUCUGCUGGAUGCAUCACCCCAUUUGUGCCUUCAGGAGGAGAAAUGGGAAGACUACUAGUAGGAUUAUCGCUCAUUCUCUGCACCCUGUGAUGUGGGGAUUUGAAACAGCGUAACUUAUCAUUGUAUUAUCUUCUGCCUUUCUCAGUUGAAUAAUUUUGUCCUAUAAAAAUACCAUUAAAAUAUUUUCCAGUUAA